AUGGUAUCAGAGCUUUUAUGGUCGUGGAACCUGUUAAAGCACACAAAUAAUAAAGAGAACUCUGCUGCGAGAAGAAGAGAAGAGAUGGAGACUGCAAACCGGAGAGAAGAAAGAAGAAGAGGAAGAAGAAGAAGAGAAGAAAUAGAAGAGGAAAAGGUGGUGCCAAAAGAGAGGACCAUCAACAUUCACAAGCCCAUUCACAUGCCAUACCUUCAAGAGGAAGGCUCCAAAAGAGAAGGAGGAGAUAAGAGAUCUUCUCAAAAGUCAAUGGAGAUAAAGGAUGAUGCGGAAAAGGCAUCACUCAAUGGAGGCAUCACUGAAAGAAGACGAACGGGCACAAUAGGGGAACCGGUGACACAGUCAACCGAAGAAGACGUGGAGGAGAAGAUUCACGCAAAGCACAAUACGGGAACCGGUGACACAGUCAACCGAAGAAGACGUGGAGGAGAUCUACGCAUGAGAACCGGUGACACAGUCAACCGAAGACGACGUGGAGGAGAUCUACGCAUGAGAACCGGUUACACAGAUAACCGAAGAAGACGUGGAGGAGAUCUACGCAUGAGAACCCGGUUACACAGAUAG